UGCUCUCCUUGAAUCUCAGAAAUCUACAAGAUAUCAGAAGAUUUUAUCCAGGAAUACAUAGCUUGGAAUUUCCAAGGUUAAAAGAUUUGAAGAUGCAUGAUUGUGGAAAUGGAAUGGAGUUUUGUUCAGAUUUAUUUAGUUUACAGGGACAACAUGGAGAGGAACAACAUCACAUCACUAUCCAACAACCAUUACACUUGGAGAAAAAGGUUUUCCCCAAUUUGGAGCUGUUGUCAUUAGAUGGUCAGAUGAUUGAGAUGAUUUUGCAAUGCCAAUUGCCAAAAGGUUUCCUUUCCAAAGUAAAAUCUGUUGAACUGAGCUAUAUUCGAGGGAAAUCAAGUGUUGCUCUUUUUGGAUUCCUUCAAAGGUUACCCAAUCUGGAAAUUGUAUAUGUCAAAGAUUCUUCUCUCCAAGAGUUUGUAUUCCAAUGCGAAGAUUAUGGUGGCGCUAUGCUACCAAAGAUAAGAAAAUUGAAUUUGUUGGACCUUCAUGAUCUAAAGCAUAUCUGGCAGCCACACCCCCAAAUGGACCUUGUUCUUCAAAAUCUCCAGACUAUGAAUGUAUUUCAUUGUUAUAAUUUGGUCAGUUUAGCACCAUCCUCUGCCUCUUUCCAAAACCUAACUACUCUAAAAGUUGAAUCUUGCAAAGUAUUGAAACAUUUGGUAACACCAUCAGCAGCCAAAAGUAUGGUGCAACUUGUGACAAUGGAGAUUAGAGCUUGCGAAAUGUUGACCGAAAUAGUAGUCGAUGAACAAAAUGGAACACCAGAAGAGAUCGAAUUCGGCAAAUUGAAAACUUUGCAGCUCAUUGAUUUAGAAAGCCUCACAAGCUUUUACUUCGGUGGUUUUACAUUCAAAUUCCCAUGUUUGGAAGUAGUAACUGUGGAAAGAUGCCCCAGCAUGAGGACAUUCUCUGCUGGAGUGUUGAGCACACCAAAGCUGCAGUGUGUACAAUUGAGAGAAAUUCAUUUUCAGAAAUGGCUUUGGGAGGGCGACCUUAAUACCACCAUACGACAGUUGUAUACGGAAAUGGAUGGAUUUAAUGGCAUUGAGAAAUUUAUACUCUCUAAAUUUCCCCACAUAAAGGAAAAAUGGCACACCCAACUUCCUUUGAAGCUCCCAGACGGGUUAAGUGUAUUGGUGGUGGACAAUUGUGAGUAUUUCUCGAAAGCCUUAUCAUCAAAUCAACUCCAGUUCUUGAACCGUUUGGUGGUGCUGAUUGUAGAAAAAUGCAGCUCACUAGAAGAAAUAUUUGAUUUGGAAGGGAUGAAUGCUGUUGAAGGGCAUGAUGAGUUGGUGUUGUGGUUACAGGAAUUGCAUUUAAUUGAUCUACCAAAGUUGAGGCGUCUAUGGAGCAAGGAUCCUCGAGGAAUUUUAGAUUUUAAAAACCUAAGACUGCUGAAGGUUCAUAAUUGUAGCAGUUUAGGUAAUAUAUUUACUCUUCCCAUGGCUUUGGAGCUUGUGAAACUUGAGUGCAUAGAAAUAAAGGGAUGUAGUUCGUUGGAGGAAAUCAUCAAUAAAGAAGGGGAAGAGGAAGGAGCAAGGGAUAAGACCAUAUUCCCUUCAUUAAACUCCAUCAUUCUUGAGUAUUUGCCUAGUUUAGUAAGCUUUUAUUCGGGAAGUGAUGUUUUGAAUUGUCCAUCAUUGAAAAAAAUUGAGAUAAUUGACUGUCCAAAGAUGGAGACAUUUUCAAUUAAAAAUUCCUCAGGUGUGAUUGUUGAGGGAAGCAAAGAACCUUGCAAGAGAUGUUUUGAUGCUCCUACUGUACCCAUUUUCAGUGGCAAGAAUGAUGAGGAAAAUUGAAGCCAUCUUUCAUUUUUGCAAAUCUGGAACAAAGAGGCAGAUUUUCAAUGAAAUUAAGUGUUGCAAGCUGUUGAUAGAAAUUGUAGCAGAUGAAGAACAUGGAACAGCAGAAGAGAUUGAAUUCAACAAAUUGAAAACUUUGGAACUCAUUCAUUUAGCAAGCCUCAUAAGCUUUUGCUGUAACUGUAAAAGUGAAACUUUCUAAAUUCUCAUCUUUCUUAGAAGUAAAUGUAAAAGCAUUAAGCAUACCAAAGCUUCAACAUGUACAACUGACAUUUUGGGAAUUGGCUUUGGAAGGGAAACCUCAAUGCCACCACAAAACAGUUGUAUAUGGAAAUGGAUGGAUUUAAAUAGCAUUGAGAAAGUGAAACUUUCUAAAUGUCCCUAUGGGGAAAAUGGCAUAGUCACUUUCUAUUGAAGAAAUUACUAAAACCAUAUUUCAUUUGGCUGAUGUUCUUGGGAUUUUUCCGAGUGGUUUUCAUUGUUUUUCACUUUGUAGUAGAUAUGGUUUUCAUUUGAGCUUUUAAUUCUUCUUCUUCUUCUUCUUCUUUUUAUGUUGUUGAAGUUCACAUCCUGGAUAGAAGACAAUUCAACUAAUAAAUAUCUACUGUGUAAGGGUAUGAAUUUGAGCAUAGUAUUGAAUUUUAGAA